CACUUCAAGAAUGAGUCCAUCACAAGAUAGAAGUAGAAAUUCCUGCAGCAUUGAGCCUCUGGCAAAGUGCCUUCAAGCAAAGAAGGACUUGGAAACAGCUAUAUCUGGAAUUGUGAAAGCUGAACAACAGAUUAAAGAGAACUGGCAGGAGGUAAAAGCCAAGAUUCACAGUCACAUAAGCCGCCACCUGGAAUGCCUGCGCAGUCGUGAAGUUUGGCUGUUUGAGCAGGUAGAUCUCAUUCAGCAGCUGAAAGAGGAGGCCCUGCAGCAGCAGGCACAGCAGCUCUAUUGGUAUUUGGGACAAUUCAAUUGCCUUAUUCAUCAGCUGGAACGCUCCUGUAGUAACGAACUAGCAAACCAGAUUUCAGUUUGCCUGGAGAGACUGGAAAGUCUUACUCUUAAACCAGAGGAGUCUUCCAUCCUGAAUUUUGAGGCUGACACAUCUUACCUUCGCCAGGCAAUUACCUCAUUUGGUUCAAUUAAAACGAUGCAAACCUCAGAGAGAGAGAAUACUUCUCCCUGGUUCCCAGGGCAGAAUUGUGCCCUAAUGAACCGCGAGCAGCAGAAGACGCUGUGUGGGACAGUGAGUGCCUCGCUUUCUGACUGGCUACUUGGAAGCAGACCUGUGGGUGUUUGCCAGGCUCCAUAUGUUCCCAGCACCAACCUUGAGGAAUGGGUUACACAAAAAUGUGUGUCAGAGCCCAGCCAGGAUUCAAAUUCUUCCAAAGUCUGUUAUUUUGAGCAAGCCUGGGGAAAUCUGAAAGAUUUGGAAAACUGGCUGCUGCAGAAUCAACAGCGUGAUGUUGCUGGGAAGACAGACUCCCCUGGACGCAAGGACUCCACCUCUAUUUUCAACUUGUCCUUUUCCACAGUUGAAAAGGUGGAGGGAUUGGAAUCCCUUGGACAAGAAGAGAUGGACCUUUCUGACUGGCUGAUUACUCCUGACACAGAAAAUGGAAGUAGUGCUUCAGAUGAGAAAUGGAAGUAUGAAUUUAAACCCUUUAUGGAAGAAUUUAAUUUGAAUGAUUGGCUCCUCAAAGCUGAAACGUGUACCAGUUGUCGUGGCAGCCAGAUCAAAAGUGUGGAAAUCGAGAACCUGGGAAACCUGAAGUGCCUGAACGAGCAUCUUGAUGGAAAGAAAUCACCUGCUACAUCUGCUGUAAGUGCUUGGCUGCUUCAGCAUCCCCAGGCCCCAUUUAAGGUGGAAGAUGUGUGCAAAGCUAAUGAGCUGUGUGCCAGCUUUUCAGAGUGCGUGUGUGAUGAAAACUGUGGAAAAGAGGCUCUGUGUAAAUGGCUUCUGAAGAAAGAAGGGAAGGAUAAAAAUGGAGUUCCAGUCAGCCACAAAGAUGUACCAAACCCUGAGCAGAAGACCAAGCCUGCUGCCAAUGCCUGGCUUAACCCCGCACAGCAGCUCACAGGGGAACCCAUUAGUGCAGAGAAAGCGGAUUAUUCAGCAGAGAUCGCAGAACCCUUGAAAGUAUUGCUCGAAAGGCCUCUGACAAGCUGGCUCGCCAAGUCUGAGCACAAAGCAGAAAGUGCAGAAGAAAAGGCGAGUAGGGAAAAAGCAGAUAAUAGUUCGAAGAGUCCUUUCCUAGACCUCUUGGCUCCAUUCCACCUCCCCUUGAAUGUAAACAGUUGGGUCUUGACUUCAAACAACCUAGAAAACGCUAACCCGCCUCCAGCAGAAGAUAAAUGGCUUCAACGCAAGAAAGCACAAGACUUUGACCUUCCUACAGUUUGUGACCUUUUUGCCUGUAUGAAACUCAAUGGAGACAAAGAAAAAUGGCUGUAUCGGACUCCUUUACAGAUGUGAAGAACUGGAAGCAUUGAAAUUGUCCUCUUCAUGCUGAUGAAUCGCACAUCAUGCUGAGUGACUGCAGCCAGCUGAAUUCUUGUGUUUGUGUUUGGCCAUCUGCUUUUUCUUCUAAAAUUAUAACAAAAAGGAAGAUUACUCAUAUAAUAGAGUUACGGUGCAGAAGAUGCCUUUUUGUUAUGAUUAAUUCUGCAAUGUAAACCCACUGAGCAUAAGCAAUCUGAUACUAUAGAGGUGUUAGUAAAUUUGUAUCUGUUCUGGGACUACAUGCAUCUUCUUUAAUGGGUUGUCACUUAAAGUAUGUUGAAGCCAGUGCAAAUACAAAGCAAAACCUCUCUGGUGCUGUGAAAUGUCCACCUGUGGCAGUGACUUCAGAUAUGUUGCCGUUCCUUUAACUGCUGCAACUUUGUCAUGAGUUGGGUUCCAGCUUACUGGGAUUGCAAGGUAAUUUAGGCUGUAUUUGGACGCAAUUUCUUUUAUUGAGCAGUUGCUAACUUUAAAGGUUUCAUUUGCAUCUUGUAUUGGUGUGUCUCCUGGCUGAGUAUGUGUAGUCCAGAUUCUGAAAAAGACAUGUAUUCAUGGGACCUGACACACGACAGGAGAACUGGUAACUUAGUUUU